AUGAGUAAACCAGAUGGUGGUAAAUAUGAUAGAGUUGGUGGCAGAAAGCGUGGUAGAAAUGAAUUGAGAACAAUUAGAAGAUCGACCAAGAGAGGGCAAAAUGAUGAACAUUUUGAAAACAAUGAAGAUCGUAAAGAUGAAGAAGAUAAAAUUGAGAAUGCCGAUGUAAGUGAUGAAGAUGAAGAUGAAAUAGUUGCUCCAGAGGAGAUGGAUGAGGAACAAAAGAAAGGUAAAGUUUAUGAUGCUCUUUUGACUAUUUUAAAAUCAGAACAUCCGGAAUUAAAGAAAAAGUCUUCAAAGAAACAAAAAUUAGCUAAUGAUAAAUUGAGUACAGAUUUAACUACAGAAGAUAAAAUUAGUGAUGAAGAGAGUGAGGCUGAUUUGAUCGAUACUGGACUUGAUAGAAAUGCAGAUGAUGAGGAUAAGGAUGAUGAAGAUAAUAAUAUUGAUGGUGAUGAUAUUGAUAGUGAAGACGAAAAAGAUGAAUUUGAAAUGCAUUUUAAUCAGUACCCUAAUGAUUUAAUUGAAAAAUUAGCUGCUGCAUACGAGAAUGGAACAACUACUUCUAAAUCUGUAAGACUACCCUUACGUGAUAACGAAAAUAUCAUUUUAUCUAAAACUAUUCCAGAAACAAUGGUUGAUGAAGAAAAAUUUGAUAAACCAAAUAAUAAAAUGUCAUUACAUCCUUAUUUCAUAAAGAAAAGAUUACAAAUUCAAAAUGAUUUAUUGGAUAACACAAAAAAUAAUUUAACAGAAAUUCAAAAACAAUUGGUUGAUCCAAUGUUUCAAUAUAAAGAUAUGCUAUAUGAAUAUGAUUCAUAUGGGAAAGAUGAAGAUGAAUACAGGGAUCUGUAUUGUUUGCAUGUUUUAAAUCAUAUUUAUAAAACAAGAGAUAGAAUUUUGAAGGAUAAUCAAAAAAUUCAAAAUGAUAACGAUGCCGAGUAUUUAGAUCAAGGUUUUACUAGACCAAAAGUAUUAAUUGUUGUACCAACAAGAGAUACAUGUUAUCAAAUUGUUGAUAAGAUCAUUCACAAAUCAGGUAUUGAACAAGUCGAUAAAAAGGGUAAAUUUCGUGAUCAAUUUUUUGAAGAUAGUCUUCCACCUUCAUCUAAACCUAAGACUUUCCAACAAAUUUUCAAAGGUAAUACAAAUGAUUUUUUUGUCCUUGGUAUGAAAUUUACAAGAAAGGCAAUCAAAUUAUAUAGUAAUUUCUAUCAAUCAGAUAUUGUCAUUUGUUCUCCAUUAGGUUUGCAAAUGAUUGUUGAGAAUACCGAUAAAAAAAAGAGACAAGAUGAUUUCUUAUCUUCUAUUGAAGUUGCCAUUGUGGAUCAAUUUAAUGUCAUUGAAUAUCAAAAUGUUUCACAUUUGUAUACAAUUUUUGAACAUAUGAAUACUAUUCCAAAGGAGCAACACGAUUCCGAUUUCGGUAGAAUUAGAAUGUGGUAUAUUAAUGAUCAAGCGAAGAUGUUUAGACAAACAAUGUUAUUCACCAAAUAUGUAUCACCAAACUCCAAUUCUAUCAUUAAUCACGUUUGUAAAAAUUGGAGUGGUAGAUGGAAAAAUCAUAAAAGGAUUGAACCAAAUGAAUCUAGUGUAGCACAAUUAGGUAUUAGAGUCAAACAAAUAUUUCAAAGAUUUAGUGUACUUGGUGGGCAUAUUACAGAAGAGCCGGAUUAUAGAUUUAGACAUUUCUGUAGUGUUAUUGUCCCAAGUAUCACUAAAUCAACCGGUUAUGAGGAUGGUAUCUUAAUAUAUAUCCCAGAUUACACGGAUUAUCUGAGGGUCAGUAAUUAUUUGAAGGAGAAGACAUCCAUUCUAUUUGGGGAAAUUAAUGAAUACUCUUCACAAAAGAAAUUAAAUGCCAAUAGAUCCUUGUUCCAACAAGGUCGUGUCAAAGUACUAUUAUAUACUGAGAGAUUGCAUCAUUUCAGAAGGUACGAGAUUAAAGGUGUCAAGAGUGUAUUCUUUUAUCAACCACCGACCAACCCAGAAUUUUAUACUGAGGUAGUCAGAUUUAUCGGUAAAAGUGCUUUCUUAGGAACAACCGAUUUGAAUAUUUCUACAGUAAGAUGUCUCUACUCUAAAAUGGAUGGUCUUGCCCUUGAAAGAGUGGUUGGGACUAAGAGAGCAGCGGUGCUAACUAGAGGGCAAAACGAAACAUACGAGUUUAAGUAA